AUGCAGCACUUCCACGGCUUGAAGCCAAGUUUGUGGAACUCUACCUCCAGCUCUGAGCGGAAGAAAGCUUUAAACCGAUUCCCUUCAUUCAAUCUAAACUUGCGUCGACCCAAUCACUCCACGGCACACUGCAACAUUGAGCUUGUUACCCCAAAGGUGAAGGAGCGCACACAGAAUGUGACAGAGAAGGUCACGCAGGUACUGUCUCUUGGUGCUGAUGUCUUGCCGGAGUACAAGCUCCAGGCUCCAGACGUCCACAAUUGGAUCAUGUUGCACUAUAGUCCUUUCAAAGCCAUUUGGGACUGGAUCAUCCUCCUUCUAGUGCUCUACACAGCGGUCUUCACUCCAUACUCUGCUGCUUUCCUCCUCAAUGAGCAGGAGGAGGAGAGGAAACACACCUGUGGUUACACCUGUAACCCUUUAAAUGUAGUAGACAUGAUAGUGGACGUUCUGUUCAUCAUAGACAUUGUGAUUACCUUCAGGACGACGUAUGUGAAUCGUAAUGAUGAGGUGGUGACCCAUCCCAAGCGUAUCGCUAUUCAUUAUAUCAAAGGCUGGUUUCUCAUCGACAUGGUGGCUGCAAUUCCAUUUGAUCUGCUCAUCUUCGGGUCAGGAUCAGAUGAGACGACAGCCACUCUCAUUGGCCUGCUGAAGACAGCCCGUCUGCUGCGGUUGGUCCGUGUGGCCAGAAAAUUAGAUCGAUACUCAGAGUAUGGAGCUGCAGUCCUCUUCUUGCUCAUGUGCACCUUUGUGCUGAUUGCUCAUUGGUUGGCUUGUAUCUGGUAUGCCAUCGGCCAUGUGGAGAGGCCUUACAUGAAGACAGGUUGGCUGGAUAACCUGGCCGAUCAACUGGGGAAGCAUUACAAUGACAGCGAUGCCAACUCAGGACCCUCCAAUCAGGAUAAAUACAUCACUGCACUCUAUUUCACCUUCAGUAGUCUGACCAGUGUGGGCUUUGGGAACGUCUCUCCAAACACCAACUCUGAGAAGAUUUUCUCUAUCUGUGUCAUGCUCAUUGGCUCUCUCAUGUAUGCCAGCAUAUUUGGGAAUGUCUCUGCAAUAAUUCAGAGGCUUUAUUCUGGGACAACACGCUAUCACACUCACUUGCUGCGGGUUAAAGAGUUCAUCCGCUUCCAUCAGAUACCUGGAGAUCUGAGGCAAAAACUGGAGGAAUAUUUCCAACAUGCCUGGUCCUACACCAAUGGCAUUAAUAUGAAUGCAGUAGGUUAUACUUUGUCAUGA